UGUACACUUCUAUUAGCACUUUUAGGAUCACCCUCAGUGUCUGCAAUUAAUUAUGCGUACUCCCAAUAAUUAACAAGUGAUUGGAGUUUGAGAGUACAGGUCAAUCAUCAGGCUACUUCAUUUCAGACAAAAUUCGCGGUGCCGCCAGGUUUUUAGACUAUUUUUAAGUCACGUGUGAACAUCCUUAAAUGAUUGGGCAUUCUUAUAACCAAUCAAUUACAACUACCCUAGACCAAUCAGAUUUUUUCCACUCAAUUAGCCAAUCACCUAUGUGAAUGUGGGAGGAAGAUUGGCCAAUAUCUUGAAUAGUUUAAGGUCAUGGUCAAAUUACGUUAAGUGUCAUAGUUGUUUGGGUGGGACUUAAAAGGACGUUUAAGCAUCAUUUUUCCUCCAGCCUAAGAGAAUCAAAUGCAGUGCUUUCAUUCACUUCCAUUCCUCAUUGGAUGUGAGUAACAAAGGAUGUCAGGGGAAGGAGUUUCUCAUACAUACACUUCACCAUGUGGUACACUAAACCCACCAGAGGAAAAAGAUAUGUCAUCUAACAAAGAAGUCAAAAUUAAUGUGGAUGAAAUACUCGUCAAAUAUGUUGGAGAAUGUGGAAUUUGGCAGUGGGGUGUUGUUUUGUUAUCAGUCUUCAGUUCCCCAUCAAUGGCAACAUUCCCUGUAUUUGUAAACGCAGUUCCAGACCAUCGUUGCAAAAUGGAAAAUCCUGUGGAAAGAUUAUUCAAAGACUACAAUUUAAGUUUUAGUGAAGCUGCGGCAGUCGUUGGCCCAUGGAAGGAUGAAGUUCCUAUUACGCAAAUGGGCUGUUCUCGGUUCGCUCUCGACUGGAAUAAUACAAGUCUUGUCGAGGAACUACUUUUAAAUAAAUCAGCCAUUUCAGUCAAUAACCGUAAAUCCUUACCAACUGAGGAAUGCGUUCAUGGGUACGUUUAUGCCAGCAAAAGGUUCCAGUAUCCCAGUACUGUAGUAGAAGAAUUUAACCUAAUAUGCAAAAAUGACAUACUUUCACCACUUGGAACCUCACUUUUCUUAGUUGGUAUGUUAUUUGGAUUUAUUCUUGGAGGGUAUGUUGGUGAUAAAUUUGGAAGGCGACGAGGAGCGAUUGGUUUUUCGCUUUUAGAAAUUCUUUCGGCAGUAGGUGUUUCUUUAGCUCCAAAUCAUCAUAUAUAUCAUCUGAUGAGAACAAUAGUUGGAUUUUCUAGUACAGGUAAAGCCAUUGUUCUACGAGUUUUACCAAUCGAACUAACUGUCGCUAAGUACCGAUCCUACUUUACAUCAUCUAUUAUUCUGGGAGUUGUAUUUGCUCAUCGUGCUGUAAUGUCUGGUUUAGCUUAUUCAGUACAAGAUUGGCGUCUUCUAAAUACGUUUUGUAUGCUGCCAUGUCUUACAUGUUUCACUUUUUUUUGUCUUUUGCCUGAAUCACCAAGAUGGCUUCUAUCCCAGUGUCGUGAUCAAGAAGCUAUGAAAGUACUAAGAACUGGCUGCCGAAUCAAUCAUAUGUUCACAAAAGACAAGUCAAAAUUAUAUUACUUUGACACUUUAAUACAAAGUACACCCAAGUCAGAUAAUUAUAAUAAAAAGAAAUGUACUCCCCACGAACCUGUAAAUUUCUCUAAACGAUGUAUCAAUAUGUUAAAAUCAAUGAGAAACAGCUUUAAUAAUACUCAGUUGGUUAAAACACUUGUCAUAUGUGUUCUACUAUUUAUAACACAUUCUCUUGCCUUUUUUGGUGUUCUGUUAUAUAGUAAGUAUAUUAAUGACAAUAUUUAUAUUGUUACUCUUAUUAAUGCAUCAACAGCUAUCCCUGGACCAAUUAUUGCAAGUAUAGCUUACAGAUGUUUCAAAUAUCGACGUAUUCCUUUAAUGAGUACGUACAUGAUUUCAGGUUUAUCAUUAUUUAUCGGUGGAAUUUAUACUGUGUUGUGGAAACCACUAACUGAUACUGUAUUGAAUAUUUGCUGUAAUUUUGCGCUUGUUACGUAUUCUGCAUCAAUGAUUAUGAUGUUAAUUUAUUGUGCCGAGUUAUUUCCAUCUUAUAUGCGAACACGUGGUGUAGGCAUAUCGUCUGGUUUAGGUAGAAUUGGUGGAAUUAUUUCUACAUUUGUAAACUACACAGAUUUUUAUCUUGGACAUGGUACACCUGUAUUAAUUUAUUCCGGUACAGCAAUAUUUCAAGCUAUUUUAUUAUGUUGUUUACGUGAUACAAGUGGUGAAGAUCUACCUGAUGUUGAACUUAACAUGGAUUCGAAAACAGAUGAUAAUGUUCUAAGUACAAUUAAAACCUUUAGUAAUGAAAAUGAAAGAAAAGAAGAACAAAACAGGGAAGAAUGUAUUAUCGAUUGUAAAACAUAGAAGGGGAGAAAAUGUUCACUGUUUAUGCUUAUUAUUGACAUUAUUAUGAUCAUAAUUUUUUUGUUUUUGAUUCUAAAUGAUAGUUUCGAUGCAAAAAUAAAAUACUAAAUAAUAAUUUUUUUUCAUAAAUGACAUUAUUAUUGAAGUAUUAAUCACAUAAUAUUUGUUAUUUGUUUUACAUCCAGUUAUGCUUUCACGUGAUUUUAAGUCUAUGAAUUAUUUUUGAAAAAAACAACAACUUAUUCUUAGGACUUGGUCUUUUCAAC